ACUAGGUAGUGUAGGAGCUCCGAGCCAAGAGAGAAAUCGUGUGGCUACGAAAAAGCACAGUGCCUGAGUCGAAUUGGAAAAGUACACUAUUGCAGAAUUGUGACCAAUUCAACAUAGCAAAGACCCUGGAUAUGGCUACGUCUAUACUUGGGGAAGAACCACGAUUUGGAACUACCCCUCUAGCUAUGCUGGCUGCUACUUGUAACAAAAUUGGCAAUACCAGUCCCCUUACCACUCUACCUGAUUCCAGUGCGUUUUCAAAAGGCGGAUUUCAUCCUUGGAAAAGAACCUCCUCUAGUUGCAACUUGGGAUCCAGUCUCCCUGGAUUCACUGUAGCAACAAGCCGCGGAUCGACCGGACUUACAUCAACUACUGGCACAGGCAACAGCGCGUUCUGCUUAGCCUCCACCUCCCCGACCUCCUCUGCGUUUUCCACAGAGUACAGCAGUCUGUUUUCCAACUCAGCGAGCAUUUCGUCUCAAGAGUCUGGGCAAUCCGCCUUCAUCUCCAAAGUCCACUCAUCAGCAGAAACCCUGUAUCCGAGGGUAGGGAUGGCACAUCCGUAUGAGUCGUGGUACAAGUCUGGUUUCCAUUCAACCAUCUCGGGCGAUGUUACGAACGGAGCGUCCGCGUGGUGGGACGUUCACACCAACCCUGGCUCAUGGCUCGAGGUCCAGAACCCUGCAAGCUCGCUGCAGACCUCCCUGCACUCCGGGACCCCCCAGGCCAUACACUCUCAGCUCAGUGGCUAUAACCCUGACUUCUCCACUUUGACACACUCGGCAUUCAGCUCAACCGGUAUAAGUCCCACGGCAUCGCAUCUUCUAUCAACUAGCCAACACCUGUUAACACAAGAGGGAUUCAAAACAGUCAUUCCAACAUACACGGACGCCUCUGCCGCCAACGCUAUGAUUUCAGGUUCCAGUUCUGGUUCCUCAAGGUCAUCCAGGAGGUACUCCGGCAGAGCCACAUGCGACUGUCCGAACUGUCAGGAGGCUGAGCGGCUCGGGCCUGCAGGGGCCAGCCUACGGAGGAAAGGACUUCACAGUUGUCACAUUCCUGGCUGCGGUAAGGUGUAUGGCAAAACCUCUCACCUUAAAGCCCAUUUGAGAUGGCAUACUGGCGAGCGGCCAUUUGUCUGCAAUUGGCUUUUUUGUGGCAAAAGGUUUACAAGAUCAGAUGAACUUCAGAGACACCUCCGUACCCACACCGGUGAGAAAAGGUUUGCUUGCCCAGUAUGCAACAAGCGCUUUAUGAGGAGCGACCAUUUGAGCAAGCACAUUAAAACCCACACUGCCGGUGGUGGUGAAGGCAAAAAGGGAAGCGACAGUGACACCGACACCAGUAACCUGGAGACCCCCAGGUCCGAGUCCCCAGAACUCAUUUUAGACGGGGUAAACCCCAGAAUCACGAUCAAGGACCCAUCUCCUCAUGACGAGCCCUGAAGGCUGUUAUUUCAAUGACUUCGAAACCAACUUUAUAAAGCAAAUGACCAGUAGGCAUCAAAACUGGCACAUGUAAUAAAAACGGGUCUAGGUUUGAGAGACAGGAUUGGAGGAAACAAUUAUUUUAGGCAAAGCAUUUGGAAACUAAAAAUAAUUAGAUCUUACCACCAUAUUGAUUGAAUGUUCAACUCGUUAUUAACCAUCAAACGAAAAGCAUAAUUAUUCUAUAGGCUAUUGUAAGAAAAUGACUAUAAAGCUGUCAACUUAAAAAUUAGCUGGAGGACAUUUUAAACGGAUCAGUGCGUAAAAGGGGUAAGUUAACCCAAAUGAACUUGGUUGGCCCAUGUGAGUCGCCAUCAUCUUGUACAUAUUGGCAACAAACAAUGUGUUCUUUUCAUGUAAAUGUUAAUUAUGAUUGUUUUAUUCGUGUUUGGGAUCCUGAAAUUCAGGGAGUUUACUUUUAACGCACUUUGUGGAUAUGUAUGUACACAGCUUUUUAAAUUCAGUUAACCAUUUCAUUUCUUUGCUAAAAAUAUAUAAAUGUUUACUUGUAUAAAAUCACACGUAUAAGCCUUUCAUUUUGUCAUAAUUAAAAUGAUGUAAAAUCUGAGGCAGUAGUCAUGUGAUGGGAAUGUUUUACUAUCUUGUGUCCCAUAUUUGUUUUCAUUAUUCCAAAUGAAAAUAAAUGAUGAAAAAAGG